AUGCUUACGUGUUCUUAAAAUGGAGUCCUUGGAAGGUGGUUCGCCACGACUGACAAACUCCAAGUUUGAAGGUUCCCCAAGUCGCCUGUAUUUGGCAGUUGCAAUAACAUGUUUAGUAACGCUUUCAUUCGGUUUCGUUAUUGGUUACAGUUCCCCGGCUAUUCCAGAUCUUGAGAAGGCAGGUUUUCUAGAUGGGAAGUCGCAAUCGGCAUGGUUCGGCUCUCUGUUGACAGUUGGUGCAAUAUUCGGAGGGCCGUUUGCAGGGUUUUGCAUUGAGAGGUUUGGACGGAAGUUUACAAUAACUCUUUCCUCAGUAAUUUUUGCCACUGGUGGCUUGAUAACUGCACAUGCAUAUUCAGUAACCAUGCUGUUUGUUGGGCGCUUUUUAGUGGGAUGGGCCAGUGGCCAGACAACCGUGUGUGCUCCUGUUUACAUCGCAGAAAUCGCCACAAAAUCACUCCGAGGAUUCCUGGGUUCAUGUGUGCAGCUUUCCAUUACCAUAGGAAUACUAAUGGCGUACACGUGCGGCAUGUCACUCAACUGGAGUAAUUUAUCAAUUGUUGGAACCAUACCUGCAUUUGUUGCAAUAAUGGCUAUGUUUUUCCUCCCAGAAACACCAAGAUGGCUUCUGAUGAAAAAUCGUCGACAUGAAGCAUUAAAUGCAUUAAGUGCCAUCAGGGGACCACAUUCCGCUGUUGAGGAUGAAUGUCGAGACAUUGAAGAAGGUCUAGAUAACCAAGAGUCCUUCUCAUUUGCAGAGUUUCAGAAGCCUGAACUGUCACGUCCAUUGUUCAUUUCCCUUGCCAUUAUGGCAUUCCAACAAUUUAGUGGCAUAAAUGCUGUCAUGUUCUAUACUGUGUCCAUAUUCAACAGUGCUGGAUUUAAGAAGAGUGCAGAGGCAACUGUAAUAAUUGGUGCAGUUCAGGUGGUUGCUACAGCUGUGGCCUGUGUCCUGAUGGACAGAGCUGGCCGUCGUAAACUACUCAUUAUCGCUGGGUCAGUCAUGGUUUUUGCCUGUGGCUUGUUUGGACUCUACUUCAUGCUUUCUUCCCAAAAUAUGAGUUGGCUUGCAAUAACAAGUUUAGUGAUAUACAUCAUUGGAUUUUCACUUGGUUGGGGUCCAAUACCAAUGUUAGUGAUGUCUGAAAUAUUUCCAGCCAGGGCACGUGGUACAGCAAGUGGGUUGGCAGCUUUCACCAGCUGGUUCACUGCCUUUAUCGUAACCAAGGAAUUCUCUUUCCUCAAUGAACUGUUUGGCCAAGCUGGAACUUUCUGGAUCUUUGGUGCUUGUUGCUUGUUUGCUGUGAUGUUUGUAAAUAAACACUUACCAGAAACAAAAGGAAAGUCCUUAGAAGACAUUGAACUGUAUUUCCUUGGGCGAAGUAUGAUGCGUUAAGACACAGAUUUUUUUAAAAUUUAUUUUCUUUAUAAUAUAUGACAAAGACCUUUUUCAAAUGAUGAAAGUGAAAAAGCUACAAUUAUAAAAAGGCUUUUUGUAAUGUUUUAUCUGGUAACAACAUACAAUCAUGAACUGUAGCUGACUGCCAUAUGAGGAAUAUGCUAUUAAGGGUCAUUGGACUAAAUUUUUGAAAUUUAAGAUUUAAAAAUUCUUUAAUACAAUGGUCAUUUAUAGCUUCUAUAUUGCUAUCUGUUUUUGUUUGCUUGUGUUGCCCAUUUACUUUUUUUUAAACAUUUGAGACUUUCACUAAACUUUAGGCUUCAUUGCAUGGUUCAACAAAAUCUUGUUACUUUUUAGUUUGUUUGAAAAACCAAAAGAGUUGCUAUGACUGCCAUCUUGAAAAUCUAUUUUGAACUUAAAAUAUUUAAAUUCUACUUCACUGAAAUUGCUGAAAUUAUUCAGAUCUAUGUGGUCCAGUCCUUGUCUAUGUAUCGGUGUUCAUUAUUUGAAAGUGCCUCUUGCAAUCUCCGUUCAUCUUUUGGCCUUUUGAUUAUGUCACAAAACACAUGUGACUGUUAAGCCCCCUUGAGCCACUUAUUUGUUAAAUAUGAUCUUUUAAAGAGAUACAAGUGCUAUUACCUUUCAAUCUCAAAGUGGUCAUAAACUUAUUUGCAAUAGUUUCUAGACUGCUGGAGCUAGAUGUAUAUAUUGGGUUACACAAAUGUACAAAUGGGUACACAUUAUUUUAUAUUGAAAUUUAUUUAUUAUCAAAUUUGGGAAUUCUCCCACAAGCUCCCUUCCCUUCCCUACGAUGACACAGUACACUGUUUGACAAUGCUGGCACUUGCGGCUUCCCUCCUUUGAUGUACACAUGUAUUUAAGAAAUUUGAACUGAUCAGUGGUUGUAUGGAAAAUAACAGGAAUGGAAAAUGACAGAACUGCACAAUUUAAGAAAGAAAUGAUAUGUAUAAAACAAUUUCAGAAAUGUGAUUGAAACUUGCUGUAUCAAAGGAGUGGUCUGACAUUGAAUCUCGCUUUUUGAGGGAAGCUCAAGUGUCAUUGUGCUGAGAAAUAUGUAAAUGUCAUAGACACGGUCUUAAAACUAACACUUUGAUUAGCAAUCCUUUUCACAUUUGUUAAAGGAAAUCAAUGGGUGCCCCUUUAGUCCUCUCCUCCACCUGGAGGUGAACCUUGGAGCCAUUUUGCUAUUUAACUCACUACUGAGGGUGACCAUUUGGUUUCCUGAUAAAAAAUGAUAUUUCUCAGAAUUUGUAUUAAGAAGGAUAUCUUGCGUUAUUUAUACAAUACUAAUACUGAUACUGAUUUUGUGUGGAAAUUUGACUGUAUAAUAUAAUUUGUUUAUAACUUUGACAAUUUUAAAUAUUAUGGCAUGUCAUGGCCAUGAAGAAACCAUAAAGCCAUAUGCAAGAUGCUUUUUGGAAAGUGGGUCAAAUUAUAUGUACAUACAUAUGUUACCCAAAACACCGGUCUAAUCAGAACCAAAUGCCUCUAGAGUGGUUUCCUUGUACUGUACUAUAUGAUUACCUGCAGCUUGGCUUAUUGUAAUUGUGCUGAUUGUUAACCUUGGAGAUCUGAUACCAGACAUACUACUUCACAUUGUUUUUGUUUAUAUUUUAUUUUGAGGUGAAGAUGACAUUCAAGUAUAUUAAAUAUAUUAUAGCCAUUAUCACUACAAUAUAUAAUGAAAUAUUUGAUUAUCAUUUGUAUAAGAUGUAUUUCAUAAAAAUCCAUUAUUAUUCCUUUAUUCCUUAAUAUUUUGAAUUGUUGGGGGGGG